AUGACUGUUCAUAUCUAUCUAUCUAUCUAUCUAUCUAUCUAUCUAUCUAUCUAUCUAUCUAUCUAUGACUGUUCAUAUCUAUCUAUCUAUCUAUCUAUCUAUCUAUCUAUCUAUGACUGUUCAUAUCUAUCUAUCUAUCUAUCUAUCUAUGACUACUGUUCAUAUCUAUCUAUCUAUCUAUCUAUCUAUCUAAGACUGUUCAUAUCUAUCUAUCUAUCUAUCUAUCUAUCUAUCUAUCUAUCUAUCUUGAAACUUUUCUACAGCUCAGAUUACCCCCCUGACGGGUUCGCAGAAAACCGCGCGAAAGAGGAAGAGCGCGUUCAGUGGGUUCUAGACAAACUGGAACCGAAUUCCUUCAUUCUAAACUUGCUCAAGGCGAAAGAACUGCAACAAGACGCGCAACUGUGUGAAAGAUGCUUAAAGGAUAAUUCCAACGUCUCGGCGUCCGCCUGGUGCCGUGACUGCGAUAAGUGUUUCUGCAGCCGAUGUCUAAAACUGCACCAAGACUUCACACUGCAUUCCGAGAUUGUUUGUCUGGCUGACGGUGACCUACCCAGUCUGAAAGAGUUGAUGCCCCGACAAAAAUGUGAUGCCCACAAAGAACCCGUAAACACUUACUGUACUCGAUGCAGAUUAUGCUUGUGUCAAUCGUGUUGGAUGGGCCACUUUACGGUAACGGGUAACUGCCCACCUCCACUUCCUCUGGAUAAAUUGGCUGGACUGAAGAAAGCUGACGGUAAUGUUUUACUCUCUGGCAUCAAAAUCACGGAAAAUGAUAUCAAAAGACGAAACGACGAAACUCUUGCAAGGAUGUCAAAAGUAAAAGAGGAAUUUCAGACUGCUUUCGAACAAGUCAGAGCAGACCGGGAUAGAUUAAUAAGCAUUUUUAAUAAAAAAGCCGAUGAACUACUUUUUAAUCUUGAGUCUGCAGCGAAGGCUGAGAGCGAGAAACUUGCUAGUCAGUUGUCUCAGAAUGGAACCUGGCUUAAUCAGAUUGACUUUUUGGCUUUGAAUGUUAAUACCCUGAUGACGAACGCCACUAGCACUGACCUUGUGUCCUGUUAUCCGAAGCUCGAUUCUUGUUGGGAUAGUCUCCAGGUCUGUAUUAACGCCGAGGUAGCGAACUGGGAGAAGAUAAGCGUGAAUUAUUCAGGGCAGUUCGCUAAGCUGCUCCAAAACGCAGAGCAAAUGAAAAUUGGACACGUACAAAUAGAGGAAGAAAAGUCACCAGGCGAGCCUCUGAAAGGAGACAAAUCAGCUAUUGUUUCUCCAGAUCCAGAUAUACAUUCGGAGAGAAAUGCUGCCAUCCAAUGCCAGCUUAAAGACUACAAAGACGCCUGGACCCAAACUCGAGUUGUUCGGACAUCAGACAUCUGUAUCCAAUCUGGCGAAUCAACACCGAAACUUAUCGACGCUGAUCGUUGGUCAGUUAGUGGCAGCUCAAUAGACUUCAUCGACGGAAUCGCCGUCAGUACUGAGGGGAGCGUCUUUUUGUGUUGUCGUUCUCUGAAGCAAGUCCGGGAAUAUUCCAGUGAAGGGCUCUUUCUCUCGUCCUGUUCACUGCCGUGCCGACCGUUCGAUAUUACCUGCUUAACGGAAGAGGUACUGGCAGUGGUUUCGUCCGAUGACCAUAUGCUGAUUACUCUUCUCAGAACAACUUCCGACAAAGAUCCACUAAAAAUAUACAAAGUGGUUCAUACGAAACAGAACUAUGUUUCCGCCUGCGGUUCUGGGAGUUUAUUCUACGCCUGUCAGCGCUCGGGAAACGUUGAGUUAAUAAACAUCGAAGCUAAUGUGAUGAUCGUCGUAGCCCAACCCACCGCAAAACCUGACCCCAGACACAGGGUCGUUCUUGGCUCUACUACUCAUUCCGUUGUCUUUCUGGAUUAUAUCGACCAGACUCUAACCCUGUACGGGCGAUCAGGCAAAAUCUAUUCGACAGCUAAUGCCCGUAACCGUGGCGGCCAACAAUCGACAUCCCAUAUGUGUAUGGACGUUCAUGGAACGCUUUUUGCGUGCAAUAACGUCGGCAUUUACACAGUGGCAACAGAGGAUUCGCCGUCGUCUGUUCUCUGGACUUUUGAGGACAAAAAGCUAAAAUGUGCUCCACGCAUGUGCAUUGGUGGUAACUUCUUCUUCUUCUUCUUCUUCUUCUUCUUCUUCUUCUUCUUCUUCUUCUUCUUCUUCUCCUCCUCCUCCUUCUUCUUCUUCUUCUUCUUCUUCUUCUUCUUCUUCUUCUUCAGAAUUUUAUUUAGUUUCUCCAUAUUUUAUUUGUCCUUUUAA